UUGAUAAGAGAAAGCAGUUUCAAAUGAGAAUUAUUUUUCCUGUGUUUCUUUUUUUUUUUUAAGGGAGAAAAUGUCUUUUGUAAAAGGAACCACAAAGAAAGAGAUGAUUUCCCAGUUUCACUGCUCAGCUGCCGAAGGAAACAUGGCCAAAUUGGCAGGGAUGCUCAGCCAUUCUCCGUCUCUUCUCAACGAAACGUCGGAAAAUGGCUGGACCGCUCUGAUGUACGCUGCCAGGAAUGGGCACCCUGACGUUGUCCAGUUCCUGCUUGACCAAGGGUGUGACAGAUCAGCUGUGAAUAAAUCGAGACAGACCGCCCUGGAUAUUGCUGUGUUUUGGGGUUAUAAGCAUAUAGCUAACUUACUAGCUAUAGCUAAAGGUGGGAAGAAGCCUUGGUUCCUAACCAACGAAGUGAAAGAUUGUGAAAAUUAUUUUAGCAGGACACUGCUGGACCGGAAAAGUGAGAAAAGAACUAAUGCUGACUGGCUACUAGCUAAAGAAAGCCAUCCAGCCACCGUGUAUAUCCUUUUCUCUGAUUUAAAUCCCUUGGUCACUCUCGGUGGCAAUAAGGAAAGUUCUGAACAACCGGAAGUCAGGCUUUGUCAGCUGAGCUACACAGAUGUAAAGGAGUACUUAGCUCAGCCCGAGAAGAUCACCUUGAUUUUUCUUGGAGUAGAACUUGAGAUGAAAACAAAGCUCCCGAAUCACUCCGAAGGAGUCCCAGGAGAGGAAGAAGAUGGGUUGGUUGCCUGGUUUGCCCUGGGUAUAGAGCCUACUGCUGCUGAGGAAUUUAAGCAAAGACAUGAGAAUUGUUACUUUCUUCACCCUCCAAUGCCAGCUCUGCUGCAACUGAAAGAAAAAGAAGCUGGGGUUGUAGCUCAAGCAAGAUCUGUCCUGGCCUGGCACAGUCGUUACAAGUUCUGCCCAACCUGUGGAAAUGCAACGAAAAUUGAAGGAGGUGGCUAUAAAAGAGUGUGCUUAAAGGAAGGCUGUCCCAGUUUCCGUGGCGUUCAUAACACUUCCUAUCCAAGAGUUGAUCCAGUCGUAAUCAUGCAAGUGAUUCAUCCAGAUGGGACCAGAUGCCUUCUAGGCCGGCAGAAAAGAUUUCCCCCAGGCAUGUUCUCUUGCCUGGCUGGAUUUAUUGAACCUGGGGAGACAAUAGAGGAUGCUGUUCGGAGAGAAGUAGAAGAGGAGAGUGGGAUCAAAGUUGGCCAUGUUCAGUAUGUCUCUUGUCAGCCAUGGCCGAUGCCCUCCUCCUUAAUGAUUGGUUGCUUAGCUGUGGCAGUGUCUACAGAAAUUAAAGUUGACAAGAAUGAAAUAGAGGAUGCCCGCUGGUUCACUAGAGAACAGGUGGUGGACGUCCUGACCAAAGGGAAGCAGCAGGCAUUCUUUGUGCCACCAAGUCGAGCCAUUGCACACCAGUUAAUCAAGCACUGGGUUGGAAUGAGCCCCAGUCUGUAAACAGAUAAUCAGACUUUGCGUGCUCUCUGACACCUAAAACCAUGUAUUCAAUAAGCAGGAUUAGAAGUAGUGCUCUAAGAGCAUCAUAACAUGGAAGAUCAUGCUGGGGUUAUCCAAAUAUUUGUAAAGAUCUUAUCCUCAGAAGUCUUUAUCAUUUUUUAAAAUCAUGGUCACAGUUUGUUAAAUCUGAUGUGAGCCUUAGUUGUGCCUCACACUUUCAUCUCAUUAACCAUGUUUCCAGUAAUAGAUACUGUUGCAGUGAAGAAGUAUAUGGUAAAAAUAUGAAUCAGUCUCAAUUUAUAAUUCCUCUUAUUGGAUCAAUUGAUCAUCAAAGUUCCUCAUUUGAGAAGCAAGACAAAGUAACUUUAAUGAAUUGCAAAUGUUAAUUGAUUUCUAGUCUUCUCACAACCACGCGGUUCCCUUAAGUUAUCAGUUUUUUUUUUAAGUUAUCAGAUUUUUACUCAUCUUCCCAUUGCCAUCCUUAACUCGCUGUGAUACUGCUCAUGCGUGGCCGCUAUUGUCAUUGGAUUGGUGUUUUAACAAUGAAUGCGACUGGUGCUCUCUCAACACCAUUCCCUCAUGGAAGGAGAGCUGGGCGUGCGAAAUUAGUGACUGUUGUGUGUUUACUCAGACCUCUAGUUCGUAUGACAAAUCAGGAUUGUUUGCUUCUCACUGUAGCUGUACGUAUUUAAGAACAAGUCUCCACUAAGGUCAGAUGUUAAACGAAACCCAAUUGUAUUGAUACAUUCAGUGCAGUCCACUGACGUUUCGUUUUGUGGUGAUACCUGCAGCUGUGUUAGCAAAAAAAAAAAAAUCACAUCAUCUUUACCAUCAAUAUUUAUUAUACAUCUCACAUUAGCCUUAUUUCAAUACGUUCUAAGAUGCCUUGAUAAAAUAAUUAUAUCUUGCAGCUAAAUCAGAAAGAUUUGCAUGAAAGGAAAUGACAGAUGUUCAAUAGUUUUACACCAAAGAAUCUUAUAUUUUAUAAAGCUAUUUUGAAAUUGUUUUAAAAGGUAGUUUAUAAAUGGACUAACAUAUAAAAUGUGGCACUUUACUUUUAUAUACAGGGACUGGAAAAGACCUGUGAGACAAUAUGUCUAAUUUGUUAUCAUUAUUUUAUAGACAAGGAAAAGGAAAUCUAUAGGGCAAAUUCAAUUAUUUGAUGGAAGUGAUACAAUUAAUCAAUUACAACAAUCUCUAUUGGAUAACCCAUUGUAGGGGUCCACCUGUGUUAGCAAAUAGAAGCUAUUGCAAAAAAUUUUUUAAAAAUUUAAAAAGGGAUGACAAUAAUAAAAUUUGCUGACCAAGCAUUAUUAAUUAAUAUACUAUAUUUAAACAUAUUAAACUUUCUCUUAUAUAUUUUUAUUUGACUAAUAAACAAUGACCUUUUUAGUAAUUGAUGAGGAAUAAUGAAAUCAGCAAUUCAAGUUAAGACUUAACACUGGAAUUUAGAUAUGAAAUCAAAUUUGAACUACGGAAGUGCAUGGAAAAUGAUUAACUGUAAUGAUUUUAGGUUCAGCUUUAUUCUAAAUGUACUUUCAAUAUUUGCAGUCUCUAAGAUUGUUAAGUUUUACGUUUCCAUGUUGUUUGAAAAGCAAAGUAAACUAAAGUAUCAGCAGAGGUAUAAAUUUAGUUUGCAUAUUUAAUCCCAUACUCAGGGAAAAUCUAUGUAAAUAAAUUACUGCGUGAAUAAUUAUUCUUAAAUUUCUAACCUCUAAGAGGUGAAUAGCUACAUGUACAUAGAAGAAUAGUCAAAUGAAAGAAGGUAGAGGUAUUCUACUAUGAGUAUAAUCUAAUGGAAAUGAAUAUAACAUUGCAUUAAAAUAUUUAUCA